AUGCGUAUCAUAAAGCCGGUUUGGCUCACGCAUGGAGGCGAACGGAAAGAUUUCGAAGUAUACAGCUGCGACGUUUCACCAGACGGGAAGAGACUGGUUACUGCUGCCGGAGAUGGAUAUGUUCGAAUAUGGUCUACGGAGGCGAUAUAUAAUGCGGGCGAUCCAGCGUACGAGGAUAAGCCUAAGCAGCUAGCUUCUAUGAGCAAUCACUCCGGAACGAUUCAUACGGUUCGCUUCUCGCCGAAUGGGAAAUACUUGGCUUCUGGGGCGGACGAUAAGAUUGUUUGCGUAUACACUCAGGAAGCGAAUGCCACAGCUCAUGCAACUGCAUUUGGAUCCAAUGAACCUCCUCCCGUGGAAAACUGGCGUACUAUUCGUCGUUUAAUUGGUCAUGAUAAUGAUAUCCAGGACUUAGGAUGGUCCUACGACUCUUCUAUUCUAGUCUCAGUAGGCCUGGAUUCUAAGGUCGUAGUGUGGUCAGGCCACACUUUCGAGAAGCUAAAGACACUUCUGAACCACCAGAGCCAUGUCAAGGGAAUCACGUUUGACCCCGCAAACAAAUACUUUGCUACAGCUAGUGAUGACCGGACCGUUCGGAUAUUCCGCUUCAACUCCCCCUUACCCAACUCCACAGCUCACGACCAGACACAUAACUUCGUGCAUGAAAAGACAGUUAAAAGCCCGUUUGUGAACUCCCCGCUCACCACAUACUUCCGAAGAUGCUCUUGGUCCCCGGAUGGCAACCAUAUAGCCGCUGCCAACGCUGUCAAUGGUCCAGUCAGCGCUGUAGCAAUCAUCAAUCGAGGUUCAUGGGAAAGUGAUAUCAACCUAAUAGGUCAUGAGGCUCCAGUUGAGGUCUGCGCGUUUGCACCCCGGCUCUACUCUCCCCAGCCAAUUCAGAAGCCUAUGCUUGAUAGCCAUGGAAACCCAGUCCACAAUGCGGUGACAGUUAUUGCAUGUGCGGGAGGGGAUAAGUCGCUAAGUAUUUGGAUCACCAGCAACCCACGACCGAUAGUAAUAGCGCAGGAUAUAUCAGUCAAGGCAAUAUCUGACCUAGCAUGGAGUCCUGAUGGAAAUAAUCUGUUUGCAACCGCCCUUGACGGAGCCAUCAUUGCCGUUCGGUUUGAAACCGCAGAACUGGGCCAUCCAAUGCCCAUAGAAGAGAACGAGAAAUCAUUGUCGAAAUUUGGAACAAACCGAAGAGGUGCGGGGAUGGUUGAGUCCACGGACGGCUUGCUUCUUGAGGAGAAGAGUAAGGCUGGUGAAUUGCGCGGAGUAAAAGGCAGAAUGGGAGCGUUGAUGGGGGAUAGCCAAGCUGAUACUGACAGUACGGUCAGCGGAGAAGCGGACACUGCCGCAGCCGUAACCACUGCCCAGAAAAACACUCAAGCUGAUAAAACGGCUAAAACUGGGGCUACGAACGGGACGGAGGCUGGCCAACCAAAGCAAGACCCGUAUGCGGUGAAGUUGGAUCGGUUGAAACAAAGACCAACGUACACCAAGGAUGGUAAGAAACGCAUUGCACCUCUAUUGGUGUCCGGUGCAGUUGGGUCUCAGUCCUCUCUUCCACAGACAAAACUGGUUGCUGCAUCAAUGAAUACCCAGGGCACGUCAGACGGACCUCAAUCGGUACUGGACUUGUCUAAACCAUUCGAUGGUCUGCCAAAGGGCGGACUGGCAGCGUUGCUAUUUGGCAAUAGACGGAAAUUUUCUCAACUAGAGGAUGAUGAAGAGGCCUCAGCAGAGAAACGAGUAGCCACUGCAAGGGAUAACGGCGUGAUACCUAUUCUUUCAAACACUCCGGAUGGACUUGUUCCCGCAGUUCCCACUCCCAGUGGACCGCAGGAAACGCCCAGUUUUAUCAGGCCCGCGGUGGUCAACCCCUGCAUGGCCAUCAGUCAAUUACGCCUUGCAGUUCCAAAAAUAAGAAGCCAUAUCCUGCAAGGGAUAGACUCGCUCGGGAACCCGAAGGAUGUAUCGGACGGCUCAAAGGCCAGAGUUGAUAUUGUCUUUGAGGCGCGGAAUCCAUCUCAAGCAAGUUUGACUGGACGCAGUGCUGAUAAGGAACCCGUACGAAUCAGUCUUAAUCGUGGGGACCAGCCAUUGUGGCAGGAUUACCUCCCCAAGGCCGUGAUACUUGUUACUGGCAACAAGAAGCUCUGGGCUGCGGCGUCGGAAGAUGGCUCCAUAUAUAUCUGGACACCAGCUGGCCGACGUCUCAUCAACGCCCUCGUACUUGAAUCACAGGCAGUUGUGCUUGAGUGCAUGGAGUCGUGGGUACUUUGCAUCACUGCCGUGGGAAUGUGUUACGUGUGGAAUGUCGGUACUCUUUCAUCACCCCACCCCCCAAUUUCACUCCAGCCAGUUCUGGACGCAGCAUUGCAUACCAUGACAGGCCAUGCAACUGCCGUUCCAUCCAUAGUCGCAUCACGAAUCAGCUCCGAAGGCCGUAUAAUCGUCGGUCUGUCCACGGGAGACGGCUACAGCUACUCUCCAUCCCUGUAUACCUGGCAACGAUUAUCCGAGCCAUGGUGGGCUGUGGCAAGUCAGUAUUGGAACUCUACCGAAGCACCAGUAGGCAACGUCCAAGUCCGCGGCCAGACAGAAGGAGAGGCCGUAGCCCCCGUCUCUGCUGGCAUCGUCCCGUUCCUGGAACGUAACACCACCCAAGAAGUUCUCGCUCGAGGCCGCGGACACUUCCUACAGCGUCUCAUCAAAGUUCUUCUAUCCCGUGAAGGAUUCGAGGGUUUCGAAGCAUCCGCCUCUAUAGCUCACCUUGAAAACCGAGUUGCAGCUACUCUAUCUCUUGCCGCUAAAGAGGAAUUCCGAAUGUACCUCUCCAUGUACGCCAAACGACUGGGUGCAGAAGGGGCCAAACUCAAAGCCGAAGAGCUACUGGAAGAUAUCCUUGGUGGUGUCUUCGAGGACCAAGUAGUCAGUGAUGAGAAGGCGAAACAGAACCGUCAGCCCGGCCAACCGGAACAGAGGUCCUGGGUGAACGAGUCGGAAACUCUGUGCGGAUGGCCCCGCCGAACACUCCUCAAGGACGUGAUUCUAGCAUUUGGCAAACAUCGCGACCUGCAGCGGGUGACUGUGCCGUAUGCCCAACUUCUGGGUAUACUCGACGAGAGUCAAGACGACAACGAUACCAUGGAUGUUUAA